CACACGCUCUCACAGAGAGAGCCAACGAACGCGUCUGCAUGUCUCACUCGCUCAGUGAAUCAAUUCCAUUUCCAGCAGAUCAAGCUCGACAGCAGUGAGCACCUGAAUGAACGGGUCUCUCCUUGGCUUGAACGCUGAUCACAACCUCUGAAUCUCUGAGAGAAACGCAUCGACUGACUGGAGUACUGAAGGAGAGAGGAGGAGGGACACUGGUUAACAGAUUAAAGGACAACUCUGUGAUCACAUUGCUUCGGUGUCAUUUCCUCCGCUCAGUUAUUUGUUUCUUCUGUCAGAGACUGCUGUGGUUUGGGGAGAAGGCAGAACGGGUGUGUUGGUCCCCCCCUCUUCUCUUCUUUCUCUCUCUGUCAGUCUCCCUGUCUUUAAAUGUAAGUGGAAGGUGGGUUUGAGGGGAGUGAUUAAAGGAGUGGGGAUAAACGUUGCGGCCAGCUGUAGAAAUGGGAAAAUCCAACAGCAAACUCAAGCCGGAAGUCGUGGAAGAUCUGUGCAGAAAGACCUACUUCACGGAAAAAGAAGUUCAGCAGUGGUAUAAAGGUUUUAUUAAAGACUGCCCCAGCGGUCAGCUGGACGCAGCUGGAUUUCAAAAGAUCUACAAACAGUUCUUCCCUUUUGGAGACCCCACGAAAUUUGCCACCUUUGUUUUUAAUGUCUUUGAUGAAAAUAAGGAUGGACGAAUUGAGUUCGCCGAGUUCAUUCAAGCACUGUCUGUCACAUCAAGAGGAACACUGGAUGAGAAACUCAGAUGGGCUUUUAAACUUUAUGAUCUUGAUAAUGAUGGUCACAUAACCCGAGAUGAGAUGCUGAACAUCGUGGAUGCCAUCUACCAAAUGGUGGGAAACACAGUGGAACUUCCUGAGGAGGAAAACACGCCAGAGAAAAGAGUCGUCCGCAUCUUUGCUAUGAUGGAUAAGAAUGCAGAUGGAAUGCUGACCCUCCAGGAGUUUCAGGAGGGCUCGAAAGCAGACCCCUCUAUUGUACAGGCACUCUCCCUUUAUGAUGGCCUUGUGUAGACACAUCUCAAAGUAAUUACAACAAUCCAUUAAUGUCAUUCUGGUGACGCUGUGAGAGUAAAGCGGACCUGUCAUGUAGAAUCCUGCAAACUCUUGGAGUUGCCGCAACAGAAGUGCAUUGUCAGUGCUGUCUUGAGAGUGGAUCGGCUGUCAAUCCCUCAUAUCCACUGUCACUGGAAAUCUGAUCAAAACAAUGUGAACACUCCUUUUGAAAAGAGUGUAAGGCCCCAAUGAGAUGAAUUUGGCCUUUUGUUGAAGUAAUGAAGGACAAUUUUAAUAGACAGAGACUGACAAAAAGUACCUAUUAAAGGGCACAUACCUCAGUGUUAAUAAAUGUUCAUCUAAAAUAUUUUCAGCACCAGUAAACAAGCUCCAUAUAUUGCUUUGGUCUUUGUCAUGAUAGGAUGGACCCAGCUGGUAAUUUGGUCUAUCUUUCACUGCAAGAUUAACAAAGAGAAAGUGCUACAUCAUUUGAUCGUUGUUGGCUUUGCCAUUAAAGGGAUAGUUCACCCUUAUUUAAUCUCAUACCUGUAUAAAUUACUUUGUUAUGAUGAACACAGUGAAAGAUAUUUGGAAGAAUGUAAGUAAUUUUCUGUUACGUGCAGUGUUCGAAUUGUGUCGAAGCUCUUGGGGGGUCCCCUAACCAGAGAAAUGUAUAUCAAUCCUGCUGUUAUUUUUCUAUUUUGCAUUUUACGCAUAUUUAUUCACAAAAACAAAUUUCUUAAGAUUUAGCCUGUUUGAUGGCAUGUCUUGCUGAGUUUUAGCAUUUUGCUAAAUCUCUUAAAUUUAUUGAUAACAGUAAGAUAAUUUUUUUCCAAAAUAUAUAAUAACAUUUUUCUUACCACUUCAGAUUUUCCUUUCCUUUAUUUAUUUUCUUGUCCUUUGAUUCUUGUUCUUUAUAUUACUGUAACGGAGUGCUGCUCCUUUUUUUGGAAUAUUAAAACAACAAUUCAUUGCAACCAGUGAGGGAGAGGACGUGUCAAAGUCAAUAGUGGCUGUCUGUAGGCUACUGUGCUCCCAAACCAGCAUCAGUAGCAUUUGAGCCUUUUAAACAUGAUUCAUCUCUUGAUAAUGCAGAUCAAGUAUAUGUAAAUAAUCCAUAUGAACCAAUUAAGAAUAAGAAAAAGAAAUGUAAGUCCUUUGGGCGAAAGCAGAAGGGUAUCGUCAAAAUCAGAGAUUAUGUUUGCUGAACGGAGCGCAAAAUAAUCUCUUGGGAAUGCAACAGUUUUCUCAAGACAAAUAUUCUUUGGGAAACACAAAAGUUUUGCAAAGCAACGCGAUGUUCUUGGGGAGAGCAAAAGAUAAAACAUUUUUCGGAAUUUUUCCACCACAACUAUGUCCCAUUAGUUGCUUAGUAACACGUCACAUGUAAGACAACAACGUUCAUAAAGGAAGACUUGUUUAUCAAAAUUAUAGUUACUGUUAAGUUUAAGAAAAACUUUCAAUAUAUCCGCACACUCCAUGGUCUCAGUGCGACAUCUCUUUACAUAUCUUCAUCGAACACUGUGUGGCGCUUAUGAGGGGUCCCUUAAGGCUUAUGAGAGGUCCGGGACCACCCCAGCCCCCCCUCACUUCGAACUCUGGUUCCGGGACAUCAUUGACUAUAGUAGGAGGAAUGAAAUGGUAGUCAAAGGUGCCUCAGAACUCUUUGUUUUCCUAAAUUCCUCAUACUAUCGUGGUGGAUGAUGUCCCAGAACUGAAAAUUGCUAGCAUUCUUCCAAAUAUCUUUAUCUGUGUUCAUUGGAACAAAGAAAUGUAAACCGGUUUGAAACAACCUGAGGGUGAGAAAAUUAUGAAAGAUUUUUCAUUUUUGGAUGAACUAUCCCUUGAGCAACAUGCUAUGGUUGAAUUAAUUUAUAUAUUUUUAUGUAAGCUAACAAACUUCUACAAUAAACAAAACAAUCUUAAGAUCUUAUGAAAUACAUGCUUAUGUUGAGAAUAGUAAUGACAUUCCUGCCUUCAGAGUCAUUAAACUGUAUUAUAACUGUAUUAUACCUAGUUAAGACUAUAUCUCUACCCCAUGUAAUGUAAAAUGGAUUUAUCAAAUGAAAGUGCUGUGUGUGCGCCUAUGUAUAGUGAUUCAACACAUGCAAACACAUAGGUGUUGUUUGUGUUGAACCUUUGGCUUGUUUGAAUGAAUGAGAUUUAUUUAUUUCUAAAAGCAGCUCCAGUCAGCAGCAAUGUACAGUUCUAGUAUGUUUGUUUUCCAGUUUUUAUGUUUAUGGUUAAACGCACCCUGCUUGAACAUUAAAAAACCUUUUUAAGUGUGAUAUUUCAUAGAUUAUUCUUUCUAAUAUGGUCAUCUGGAUAUGUUACAAGCUCGUUGCCAGUGGAUUAAAUAUUGUGCAUAAAAUUCUACAGUACAUCAUGCAGUAAUGUUUUUAAGAAAAUGUCUUUCGGUCUGGUUAGGGUGUGUGGGGGAUUGUUGAUUAGUUUAAGGGUCUGUUUUUCUUUGGGAUAUUCAGUGUAACAAAAAGUCACCUUUUUGUAAUAAAAAAUAGGCUAUAGAUGAUUAAA